CGGCGUGAAGAGUGUAUCUUUAUAGGUAACAUUUACUGUUUCCCUUUUAAUUUACUUCGCUUAAGGCCAUAAUUUUCCUGCAUUUAGCAACUGCCCUGCAUACACAAGCCGCGGAACUCAAGGGCAAGAAACUGUCGACAUGGAUUUGAACUUAAUUGUUCAACGAGAAUCGGAGAAAUUGGACAAAUCGAAUGUGAUCAAAAAGAUUAAGACCGCUUUUCAGCUCGGAUAUGACGUUGUUGCUCUCAACGUUGUCAUAGGAGCUAGUGAACUUGGUUCUAAGAACAAGAUCCCAGAACCUCCACAGUACUCAUUGACUCAUCCAGACCUUCAGCCAUUGACACCACGAAAUCGAAGGCUUAGAAUUCUCACACGACUAACUGCUAAUUUGACAGACAGUGCCGAGUCACAUAGGCUGUUUCAGUCUCCUGUUGCCAAGAAGUAUGACAUCAUUGCGGUCUCGGUUACCCAAGAAAAAAUGUUUCAGCAUCUCUGCAACCAGGGAGAGUUUGACAUAGUCUGCCUUCCACUUGACGAUCGGCUCCCAUUUGUGGUGAAGCGAACACAAUACGGAGCAGCCACAGGCCGGGGGCUCUUCUUUGAAAUUCAGUAUGCUCCGUGCAUUCGUGAUGAGUCUUCACUGCGGAACACUAUUGCUAACUGCCAGACUCUCAUGCAUGCAGGCAAAGGCAAGGGGAUCAUCAUAACAAGUGGAGCAUGGAUGCCUCAGGAACUGAGAGGACCAAAUGAUGCUGCCAACCUCGGUUUCCUGUAUGGGCUUUCUGAGUGCACAACACGAGAGGCUGUCUUUGGCAACUGCCGAAGUGUCAUCAUGCAUGCAGAAACCAGGCGAAAGGUGGAUCGAGCCAUUGUGUUCUCGAAGUCUCUUGAUGAAUUGCCUGAGAAAGACAAGUGGCUCGUGGAGGCCUGCAAAGCACCUGGAGUGGAAGAGGCGGCAGCAAAAGCUGCUGGCUGUGGUGACUCUCAGAAGCGUGGAGGGCCUCCACCAAAGAAAAAGAAAAAGAAGGGCCACUCUUGAAGGAUGUAAUAUUGUCUUAUAAAGAAAAAGAAAACAAGAUAAGUUUUUCAGAUGUGUAUAA